CUUUCCCCGGCAUUUGUUCACAUUUUCCAUUUUCACACUAAAAGCUCAUCAAUAAUAAAAUAAUUAGUUUAUUAAAUAGUUUCAAUAUAAUGUCCUACAUUGUACAGUAUAUCAUAGUUCGCAGUGAUUUAAAAUCAGUUCUGGGUUGGCCUUUGGGCGCUGUUAUUGCCCAAUGUUGUCAUGCUGCCACAGCCGUCAUGCAUUUGUAUAGAGAGGAUGAAAUCACCCAGAAGUAUUUGGAGGAUUUGGAUAGAAUGCACAAAGUUGUACUGGGCGUAAAAGAUGAGGAUGCCAUGCGUAAAUUGUCCGAGAAAUUGAAGGAGAAUAAUAUCCACCAUAAAAUGUGGAUAGAACAACCUGAAGAUAUACCUACCUGCAUAGCAAUUAAGCCCUACGUUAAGGAUGAUGUGCAUAAAUAUGUCAAAAACUUACAAUUGCUAAAGGAAUAAAAGGGAUAGUUCAAAAAGACUACAUAAAAAGGAGAA